AUGAAGAUUCAAACAAACGCAGUGAACGUGCUAGAAAGAACUUCAAACUAUCUAAAUUCAGGGGUGCUGAAGAUACCACCUACAUGGUUUAAUGUGAUUGCAAAAUAUCCACCAAGAAAACAGUUUAUUAGAGAACCUAUAUUAAAUGACCCAGUAACAGGGAAAUCAAGGGUCAAUUCAUUGAAAUUUAAAGAUGGUAUUAAUAAAAAAGGAUUGUAUAAGACAAGGGCAAAUUUGAAGGAUAAGACAUCUGGUACAAAUAAAUUAUAUAAACCGGUCAAUCUUGUAUAUUUGGAGGAUCAGUUACGACAAUUGUUUUAUGAACAACAUCCGUGGGAAAGAUCACGUCCAAAGAUUCUUAUUGAAAACACUAAUAUGUCUGCAAGGAAUUAUGAUUGGAGUCAAAUACAGCAAUUGGGCAAACCUUUGGAUGGAGAAAGUGUUGUUCAAAGGUCCUUAUAUCUAUUAAAGAAUAAACAGUGCUCUAGUUUGAUGGGUGCAUAUGAUCAGGCAAGAUUUGAGUUUUAUAGAAUUCGAAUGGAACAAGAAAUUCAAGAACAAGUAGCCAUGGAAGAAGCAGAAAUGUUUGGGUCUAUCAUGGGUCUAUCAGCCAUUGACUUCGGUAUUGAAAAGGAACAAGAAGUUAUUAGGCAAUGGAAAAAAAAAGUUAUCAAAGAGACAGAAUUGUUAUCUGCUAGACGUGCCAAUCCAUCAGAAUCAUGGUCUAAGGAAGGUACCGUUUCAAAGGAAAAAAAGAACAUAGAAAAAGUUAAUGAAAAAGACGAAAUCGAAGAAUUAUUAUUAUGA